AUGUCGGCGCCCGACAACGCAGAGUACGAGCUGCUCACCGAGCACUUUAGCUACCCGCCAGUGUCCCUUCUCGACGACAUCAUCAACGCCGUCAAUGUCCUCGCCGACCGCGCCCUCGCCGCCGUCGAGACGGCCCUCACCAAGCUCCCCGCGCAGAAUCUGGGCUUCGGCCCCUCCAAGAAGCGCGGCGCGCCCGGCGCCGACCCCAGCGAUCCCUCGUCACAGCAGCAAAGCCCCGACGAGGCCGCCAAGCGCGAGAUUGAGCACGGCACGCACCAGCUCGAGACGCUGCUCAACGCGUCCAUCGACAAGAACUUUGACAUUUUCGAGCUCUACGUCAUGCGCAACAUCCUCACCGUCAAGCCCGCCGACCAGCCGUACAUGCAGCUCGCGCACUACAAGGGUCUCGACUUUACUUCUUCCGCCCCGUCCUCCGACGCCGCGCCGCCACCGAGCGUCGAAUCCGUAACGCAACUGCGGCGCAGGCUGCACGCCAGCCAGAAGCUGCAGGUCGUGCUCGAGACGGAGCGCGUGCGCAACGACGCGCUCCUCGCCAAGCUGCGCGCCGCCCUCGGCGUCAAGGGCCCGGUGGCUGCUCCAUCCACCGUCGGUGCCGUGAAGAAGGAAGACGGCGGCGAAGAUGACGCGUCGCAGACGGACGUGCUCGGGUUCCUGCAUGACCGCGGCACGCUGGAAGAGGGCGGCACCGAGCGGCCCAUCACAACAACGACCGAGUUCACCCUCGCGCAGCUGCAGACGCUGCGGACGCUGUCCUCGUCGCUGCGGUCGCUUCUUCCGGACAUUGUCGGCAGAGGUGCUGGGGAGGAAGAAGACGAAGCGGCAGAGAGGGAGGACGCGGACGAGGAGAAGAGCUGGCGCCGCGAGCGCGCCGAGUACGUCGAGAGCGCGUCGCGGCGGUACCUCGAGACGGUGGCCGGCGUGGAGCUCGGCCCCGCGGGCGAGGUGCGCGACGGCGAGUGGCAGGGCGCCGGGCGAGGGCUCGCGCGGGACGAGGUGGAGGGCCUGGAGGCUGUGGUUGCGGUCCUGGGCGCGCAGCAGCAGCAGCAGCAGUCGCAGCCGGAGCCGGAGCAGGUAGAGGACGGCGGCACUGGCCAAGACGAGGACGAGGUCAUGGCCCAGUCGUAG